GGCAGCGUAGCGACGCAUUAACAAACUAAGCACAAAGAAAGUUGAUAUAAAACUCACCUUCAUCUUCCAGUCCAAACUUAUCCAAUAACAGAGAUGGAGGGUCUCGCGUCCGUGCAUGAUCUCCAGGCGCUGUCCGCUCUUCUCUCCCCAAACCAUGAAGAUGAGGAAGAAGAUCUCCAGCAAGUGAAGCCCAUGGCGAGGAUGGGCCCGGGACAUAUUUCGGAAAAAAAGAGCAAAGAGGGUAGCACUGCCUAUGUGAAGAAGAACAGCAAAAACAUCUGGGAUGAGGAUGAAGUGACUGAGGGAGCACAUUUUGAUGACCUCAACGACCCACAGCCACAGCCAGAGUACGAGAUUGUGCUGAAACAGUCUGUUGGGACUGAAGAUUUGUUUCUUGGCUUGAGUAGAAAGGACCCCUCAUCCAUGUGUUUGCACAAACAGGAGGGGAAUGCCAGAUUCAUUGUGGAGAGAGAAGAACUGGAGAUCACACUGCCCAUGAACAGACCAAUGGACUGCAUCCACCUGACCUGA